UUUCUUCCACUUCCGCUUUUUUAUCGCUUUUAAAUCGUUUUGCUUAUUCACUGCUCUGCCUAGUCGUCGCAUACCUGAGGAACUAUCGUCCAACUUAUCGAGAACCUUUUCCUGAAACUCUUUUUGAAUUGUAAGUUGUUGUUUUAUUAAAUCGGCUGUACAUGUAUCCGGUGACCUAGGAGUACGUCUAGGCAAUGCUGGACUUCAGGUCACUGAUGGCAUUGAUAUAUCGGCUGACAUCGGUAAGCCCAUGCUCAUUGUAUUUUUAAUUCCACUUGUACUCAUCCCUAAUGCCGUUAGUGUUAUCACCGCUUCCUGCAAUUCGCUGAAAUGGUGCUGCCUAUAUCUGCCGCCACCAGUAGCUGACUGCUUCUUUUUAUUUUCCUUCCAGUCGAGCCAUACCUAAUAAAAAAAUAAGUCAAACAAGCUUUAAGUUAUCCUGUUACAACAAUAAAAUCUACAAAUUCAUUAUAUUACCUUCUUGCAGCUGGAAAUAUCCUUGAUAGGCGGACCAACGCUGUUGAGUUCUUGGGCGAUAUUGUUCCAAAAAGCUGCCACGUUUUCUUAAGGGCACUUGGAAAAACCCUGCGCCAUUUCAGGGUUUCGCUGUAACAGCUCAACCAUUAGUGCAUCUUGCUGCUUGGUGGUAAUUACUUUGGACCUGCGGAAAUCGAAUUAAAUAUUAUUUUACUGGUAUAAAAUGGAACCUUGGAAUAUAAUAAAAUUGUUUCCUGCUCAAAUUGAAUGAAACAAUAAUAUAUACGGAAGCCACAUUUACAUACCCUGUAUAUUUCUUAGAAAUGGGGGGAGCUAUGGGGAAAAACGGGGUCAACUUUUUGGAUGCUCUACCUUCACAGGUAACGGGUACGUUACACAUUGUUAUGCUUGGUCUUGAUUCAGCUGGGAAAACGACGGCUCUGUAUAGAUUGAAACUCGAUCAAUAUUUAAAUACAGUACCUACAAUUGGAUUCAAUUGCGAAAAGGUGCAAGGUAUACUUGGUAAAGCAAAAGGAAUACAAUUUCUUGUGUGGGAUGUAGGUGGACAGGAGAAGCUUCGACCUCUUUGGCGAAGUUAUACACG